GGGGGGUCAAAUCUCAGAAACUGUGACACGAAUUUGAUCGUGCUUGUAGGCAGAACAGAUUAUCCGAGCUUCUGUUGGAACAGUGGGGCCAAUAAUAACAAUAAACACGCGCACACGCACGCAUUUAAGAGCCAGGCUCGCUCACAUCUUUCUCUCCUCUUUCCCUCUGUGUGUGUUUUCUGUCAGACACYCAGGCUCAGCUCCAGUCUCGCGGAUGGGAACUUUCUCUGCGUAUUUUGCGCACGUUUGACUCAUUUCUGAUUCACUCCUCCUGCUUCAGGCGARAGAUGGACGCAGCGAGGAGAAGACCCUGUGGGAAAUGGCUCCGCUACGCGAUGCUCACUUGUUUAUUGGACGCAGUCUGGGGACAGAUCCGCUACUCCAUCCCAGAGGAGCUGGAGCACGGAGCUUUUGUUGGCAACAUCGCGGAGGACCUGGGAUUGGAUUUGGAUAAGCUCUCCGUGCGCAGAUUCCGGAUCGUUUCCGGCUCCAAGAAACAGUACGUGGAGGUGAAUCUGGAAAACGGGGUCCUGUUUGUGAAUGAAAGAAUAGAUCGAGAAGAACUGUGCGAGCAGAGUUCAUCCUGCUCCUUUCACCUUCAAGUUGUGAUAGAAAAUCCUCUGGAGUUGUACAGGGUGGAGAUUGAGAUUUUGGACGUGAAUGAUAACUCUCCCAGCUUCCCCUGGACCGAYUUUAACCUGGACAUCUCCGAGUCCGCCGCGCCGGGUUCCCGUUUCCCGCUGGAGAGCGCGCAGGACCUGGACGUGGGCUCCAACUCGUUGCGCACCUACCUGCUCAGCGUGAACGAGCACUUCUACUUGGACAUCCAGACGCGCAGCGACGGCAGCAAGUUCGCCGAGCUGGUGCUGCAGACCCCGCUGGACCGGGAGCAGCAGAGCGCGCAUCAGAUGGUGCUGACCGCGGUGGACGGCGGCGCGUCGGAGAGGUCCGGCACUGCGCAGAUCGACGUCACCGUAUUGGACGCCAACGACAACGCGCCGGUGUUCGACCAGUCCUUCUACAGAGUGCGCCUGGAGGAAAACGCGCCCAAAGGCACAGUGGUGAUCCGACUCAAUGCGUCGGACCUGGACGAGGGUCCCAACGCGGACAUCACCUACUCGUUCAGCGGCCACGCGCCCAUCAAAGUGCGCCAGCUCUUCAGCGUGGACCCGCACACGGGGGAAAUCAAAGUCAAAGGUGUGAUUGAUUACGAGAAAGCCAGGAUGCACGAGAUUUACGUCCAGGCCAAAGAUAAAGGUCCGUCUGCUGUGGCGGUGCACUGCAAAGUCCUGGUGAACGUCUUGGAUAAGAAUGAUAACCUGCCAGAGGUGAUCCUCACGUCCGUGUCCACACCUGUGCAGGAGGACGUGCCGCCGGGGACAGUCAUAGCCGUGAUCAGCGUUAUGGACAGAGACUCCGGGGAAAACGGGAACGUGGACUGCGAGAUCCCUCAUCACGUCCCGUUCCAGCUCCACUCCUCCUUUAAGAACUACUACACUUUGGUGACUUCGGAUUUUUUGGACAGGGAGGCGGUGGCUGAGUACAACAUCACACUGACCGCCAGAGACAUGGGCUCCCCGCCCCUGUUCACAAGGAGGACGGUUCUGGUUCAGGUGUCAGACGAAAACGACAACGCGCCCCACUUCAAGCAGCCUUCUUACUCGGUGUACCUAACUGAGAAUAACGCGCCUGGAGCCUCCAUCUGCUCCGUGACAGCCCUGGAUCCAGAUUCGGGUCAGAACGCCUACUUGUCCUACUCUGUCCUAGAUGGGGACAUCCAUGGGAUGCCCGUGUCCACGUACGUGUCCAUAAACUCGGACAACGGGAACAUUUACGCGCUGCGGUCUUUCGAUCACGAGCAGUUGAGAAACUUUCAGGUGACUGUCCAGGCCCAGGACGCAGGAUUCCCCCCGCUUAGAAGCAACGUUUCUGUCAGCAUCUUUAUCCUGGACCAGAACGACAACCCGCCUGUAAUCGUUUCCCCUGUUGCGCACAACGGAAGUGCGCCCUGCGCUCCUGUCCCCAGGUCAGCUGACGCGGGUUUCCUUGUCACUAAAAUCAGCGCGGCCGACGCGGACGCAGGUCAGAACUCGCGCCUGUUCUAUCAGCUCCUCCAAGCCACAGACCCGAGUCUGUUUAGUGUCGCUCUGUACACGGGGGAAGUCAGGACGCUGCGGCAGAUUGAGGACAAGGAGCCCACCAGGCACCGGUUGGUCAUUCUGGUGAAGGACAAUGGUCAGCCGCCCCUGUCGGCCACGGCUUCCAUCAUCCUGUCAGUGGUUGACAGCCUGCCGGAGUCGCAGCCCGAUUUGGAUGACCUCCACAGCCCCCAGCACAGCUCCAARUUCACCCUGUACAUAAUCGUGGCUCUGGGGGCCGUGUCCUUCACGUUCCUGCUGGCCAUCAUCGUCCUAGUGGCAGUGAGGGGACUGAAGGGCAGAGCGUCCGGCAAAAAGUCCAGCUUCCCCUCCUCCCACUCCCCCUGCUGCUGCUCCCCAGCAGAACUCUCCUCCACCACCACGGAGGUGUUCAAAAAGUCCAACCUGAAUGUCCGCAUGUCCGCGGGCGCGUCAGGCUGCGCAGAGGCGCACAGCAGCAGCGGCGGCGGCGGCGGCGGUGUGCUCCCACAGAUGUACUGCUAUAAAAUGUGUCUGACUCCGGAGUCCUCCAAGAGUGACUUCAUGUUCCUCAAACCGUGUAGUCCGGUGAUGUCGGUCCAACAGAACAACGCCAAGAGCACAGAUCAUCUGACCUCAGGCUGGAGCGCGCUGGAACGGAACGAGACGUCCAACAUCAGAGCAGCGACACCAAACCAGCUGAAGUACUCAAACAAGAACUUGACAUGGACCAAGAACCAACGAAACUCAGCUUACAAAAGAUAUAGUUCAUCAAACAUGGAGGGCACUCUCACGAGGCAACAAAAAUAUGAGACAGACAGAUUUUCCUGCUCAGUGGCACCGCAGUACUGGACCUGGGGAAACCACAUGAAUGACUGCAAACGUUCUGUUCAAGAGCGAGCAGCUCCRAACUACUCUUGGACACCAAAGUACGCCCAGCCUCCCUCUGAAGCAGCAGAUUAUCAACACAAUGUGUACAUCCCAGGCACCACGUCUGACUGCAGCACGCUGAAGCUGACGCCCAGAGGAGAGCUGGAUGUUUACAACACCUUCUCCACCUUUGGGAAGAAAAAGAAAUUCAUCUCAAACUACYAACAGUCUUUUGAUACAGAGGAUGAAGUCAUGAGCAAUGCUGGUUUUAAAUGAGCAGCGGAGACGCUUAGUUUUGUGCUCGCUGAGUUAAAUUGCAUCUAUUGAUGUGAGGUCCUGUGAAAAAGUUAUGAACAAUUAAUAUUUAAUCUGUGCUAGAAAACUCUUUGAACAACAUCAGUUUCGGGAAAAAGAGUUUAUAUUGGGCUGAUUCACAAGCAAACGAUSGGUUCAUUGGAAACUAAGUUCCAACUUUUGACAUUUUUGAUCCAGUCAAAGAUAUUUCUAAUCAGUUUAUGCAAAUGCUUCUUUAUAAACAAWUGUCAGUUUCAUAUUAUGCAGCUAUUUCCAUUGAAAUCUAUGGUUAUUUGCAACUUUAGAUGCAGUAUUUGAAGCACAUCAGUUGCAUGUCAGAUUUUUUUUAUGCUGGAAAAUAAUCGCAAUACAAAAUGAAUAAUGAUGUAAAAGUUACUAAAAAUAUUUUUUAAAAUUGUAGCUCAAACAGUAGAAUUUCAUUUUAUUUUUUGACCAUGUUCUAAUUAGCUAUUACCUCAUUAUUCUAGUUGAAAAUAAAGUUCCAUUCCUCCGAUUUGUGGUUGUCGAAGACAUAUCUGCAACAAGUAAGAUAUUAACUCUUUCUACAGAGCCUCACUUCAACCAUCUGAACAGUCCAUUUAAGAUUUGGUUAAACACUGACUGUGUGCUGCUAAUUUUAUCGUAGCUUUAAAUUGUAUCUAUAUAAUUGCUUUGAAGUUUCUGUGGCUCUGUUAGUAAAUGUUUUCAAAACUGUUUCAAUUACAGGCACACACCUUUCAUCUUUUAAAAUGAAGGUAAUGAGUAAAACKACUGAGGAAGUACAUUUUAUCAGUAAUGCGGUUUAAUAAAACUAUGGUUUGUUGGACCAACAAUUCUCUGUUAGCACAGACUGAUAGCAAAAAUGUAAAGAAAAUAGAUUUAUUGUAAAUAUAUUGUAAUAUUAUUUUUCUGUAAUCCAACGUGUGUUCACCUAUUUCUGAAGAGCUUUAAAAAACAGUCCUAAUGCACUGACAUCUCUGUACAUACAUUUUUGUUAUUCAGUUGAUAUUUGUUGUCUUAGCUCUGUUACAUUGCUGUGUACGGAAGCAGUAACUGGGAAAAAAAACUGCUUAGAAUAGCUUUUAAAAUAAGAGACUCUAUUUGAUACAUUUAAUAUACUUGAAAAAAUGUACAACAAACCAAAAAAAUAAUGAAGUUGUCGUUCACGCAUGUUUUAGAUGACUAAUGAAAUAAUGUUAUGUAAUUUUCCUGUCUAAUUGGUUCUAGUCUCCCAGCUAUGCAACCAUACAAACUACUCUUCUUCAUUGAUUUGCUUUGCAGCAAUGAUUUGAUCUCUUCUUGUCUGAAAUUGUUCAUAUUUUAAGACACAAAUACAUAAAAAGUCACAGUUUGCUGCUCUAAAUGUCAGGCUGUAAGAGAGAGGAAAAUAUAUACAUUAUCAGUCAGUCAUUGCUUACAUUACUACAUUCUUACUUUAUUUACCAUUAGUCUUUGUCUUUGAAUAAAACAAAUAAGUUAUAUAUCUGUAUAUACAGUUGUUUAUGUUCAAUAAAGUGUAUCAAUAAAUCAUCUUUCAACCUUU